AUGGAAAAAGAACUUGACUCGGUAGGCGAAUGUCCCAGCAAUGAAACAGAGCUGUCGCAACUGCCUCAAGAAGUUCUCCUCGCCAAAUGCAGUCAACUCAGUGACAACAGAUCAGGAAAGAGAAGGACUGAUUCUCCCCGCUGUUCGAGAAGACUCAAGUUCGAGAAAGAAAAUGAAAAGGAUCAGGAUCCGACAAAGCGAACAAAAAUUGGCGAAGAUAAAGUUCCGGGAGAAAUCAAGGAUGAUCAGAUGAAAAGCGAAACGAAGAAAAAUGAGGCUAAGCCCGGAGAAAACAGUGUUCGUAGAACACGCGCCCGUGCUUUACAUGAGACAGAAAUGCCCGGCCCAAGUGGAUUAUCAAAGAUGAAGUCGAGUCUACCUCCCUCUACUGAACAAAAACGCGGCAGAGGAAGACCUCGCAAGCUAGAAAAUAAAGCCGCAAAUACAAUUUCUCCUAUCCGAAAUGAAAAGCCAAAAAUCAAGAAAAUCAUGAUCAUGGACGCACCGAGUCAAAUUAGACGAAAAAGUGCCCGAGUUAUUAAAAAAACAGAAAAAAUCAAGGAAGAGCCUAAACCAGAAACUGAAUCUUCCAGUGAAGAAAGUGAAGAGGAGGAGGAGGAAAAACUUGUUGGUGCUGCGAAAAGAAAGGCCAGAAGACGGCCAUGUUUCGAAUACAAUUACGAGAAUUUGCAGGCGCGGCUGAAUUCUGAAAGUCAGUUGAAUCAAGUUAUGCGGAGAUUCGGCUGCCUCCCAUCAACGCCGGAGGAAUUGUUGGCCGAUGUUUCAACUCAUUUGCGCCAGCUUUACAACAGCGAGCCGCUGGUUCUGAAGACCGAACACACGGAGCUUGUGAACAUUAAUGACGCCGAUUUUAAAAAGAAAAUGCGGAUCAGGGUCAUUCCGAAAGAAAAACCGACGCUGUUCCUUUCAAAGGAGGAAAUAAGCAUAAAAGAGAAGCUGAAACGGCAGCUGGCGGAAAAGAGGAUCGACGAACGAAACCCAGAGUCCGAAAAGGGCAAGGAAAUCGAAACUGCGAAAAAGAAACUUUUCAGCUACUUGGGCAAAAAUUUCAACCACAAUGGAACACGAAAGACCUACACCGACCCUGAUAAAGAAUGA